GACUGGAAAAUACCGAAAUACCGAGUCAGAAUUACCCAUCCAUAUAUACAAUCUUUUGUAUAUUCCUCUUGGUCACAUUGUUCAGCAAGUCUAAGAAAAACUCUGUGAGAAAAUGGCCCUGCGACUACUCAACAGUGCUGUGCUCCGCCAGCUGGCCUCUCAGCUGCCCAAGAGUGCCCAGGUGGGCAGCGUGGCCGCCGUCCACACGCUGGACAAGAUCGGCAAGCGGGAGAUCGUGGGCUACGGCUGGAACGGCACCGCCUGCUACGCAGAUCGCGUGGAUUACCCUCUGCCCGCCGUGCGUUUCCGUGAGCCCACCAACGAGAUCAACGCUCUGCGCGCCAAGGAGCAGGGAGACUGGAAAAAGCUCAGCCCCCAGGAGAUCAAGGCCCUGUACCGCGCCAGCUUCUGCCAGACGAUCGCCGAGGUCCAGGCUGGAUCCGGUGAGUGGAAGCUCCACCUGGGCGUUGCUCUCCUCUUCACCGCCGCCGCCAUCUGGGUGGCCGUGCUGAUGAACAUCUUCGUGUACGAUGAGUUGCCCGUUACCUUCGACGAGGAGCACCAGAAGGCCCAGCUGCAGCGCAUCAUCGACCUGGAAAUCAACCCCGUCACCGGAUUGACCUCCAAGUGGGACUACGAGAACAAGAAGUGGAAGAACUAAGUGCGCUGUCGUUAAAUAAUUCCGCGAUUGUGUGUGAUUAAGCUAGACGACUUCUAUGUGUAUUAAGUAAAAGCAAGAUAGUCGAAAUUAAAGUUAUGGCUGCUGCCUAAACGAAA